AGGAAACAGAAUAAGCAGAGGAAAUUUGACGAAAUUACCUGGCAGUAAGAAUUGAUGGCCACAACAGUAGAGUUGCUUUCCAAUUUCGGCUCACAACAAUAAAUAGACUUGUGCGUGUUGAUUUUCCGAGUCAAUUGUAUUUCCCCAAUUUCUGGGAGGGCAGAGCUAAUUUUGAGAUGAAAUCGUCGUUGCUAAGGAUGCGGAUUAUCGGCCAGAAGAAGACCGACCCCAACGGAAAAUGGGAUCACAAUUUUUCGCUGCCUAUCAAUGGAUUAACGCAAGCAGCAGAGGAUAUGAAAGACAUGAGAUCAUGCUACGAUAGUCUACUUUUGGCCGCUGCAGCUACAUCAAAUAGUGCUUAUGAGUUUUCAGAGUCGUUGCUGGAGAUGGCAAAUUCUCUACUAGAAAAAACUACCAUGCAUGAUGGUGGAGAAAGUAGAGGAGCAUUAUCUAUGCUUGGAAAAGUACAGCUUGAACUUCAGAAACUGGUUGAUAGCUACCGGUCCCAAAUUAUCAUGACAAUUACAAACCCAUCGGAGUGUCUCCUUAGCGAGCUACGGAAAGUGGAGGAGAUGAAGUUGCAAUGUGAUGAGAAAAGGGAGAUCUUUGAAUACAUGGUAGAACAAAUUAAGGAAAAGGGUAAGUCAAGACAUGGAAAAGGGGAGACAUUUAGCUUGCAACAAUUGAAAGUUGUUCGUGACGAAUAUGAUGAUGCUGCAAAGCUCUGCGCUUUCCGUGUGGAAUCAUUGAAGCAAGGGCAGAGCAGGAGCUUGUUUACCCAAGCAGCUCGUCACCAUGCUGCACAGUUGAACUUUUUUCGGAAAGGACUUCAGUCUCUCGAAGCGGUUGAACCAUAUAUUAAAAAUGUUGCAGAAAAGCAACAUAUUGACUAUGAGCUAUCUGAAUUAAAUGAUGGGGAAAAAGACGAUGGAGACAACGGUUCUGAGAGUAAUGACUAUGGAGAGUUAAGUUUUGACUACAGACCAAAUGAACAGGAACUAGGUAGUGCCUACACAUUGAGGAACUCAAUGGAGUUAAAUAAGUUGGAUGCUCCGAGUGCACAAACAUCUCAGGUAAAAGAUGUUGAGUUGCAGAGAGGCAGCAGUAGAAACCAAUGGGAUCAAUUACCAAGCCUAAGCCAACGGCCUCGAGCAGGCAGCCAUUCUGCUCCACUCUAUCCAGAGAAGUUUGAUGCUGCUGAGAGACUUAGAGAGAUCAGGCAUACUCUCCCAGAGCUUACUACUACUACUACUACUACUACCUAUGCGCUGCCCACUCCAGCUGAUGCAAAAGUUCCAACGACAAGUACUUCCAUACCGCUAUCUAGCCCCAAACUACCUGCUGGGAGUUCCAAAAACUUGUGGCACUCAUCGCCAUUGGAUAUGGGGAGGCCAAAAAAAAUCACCGAUGACCAGUUUUCUGCACGCAAGCCUCAAACAGUUGGUGAAGAAAGCAGCAUCUAUAAGCACUCUCUUCCGCUGCCGCCUCUGGCUGAGGGAUCUGCUAUCCCACAGGUUGAUUCACAGACAGGAUUAGAUGCUAAAAAACAUACAAGACAAGCUUUCUCUGGUCCAAUCACAAGCAAACCUUCUUUCAACAUGCCCAUUAGCUCCAAUGACAUGCCUCAAUCAUUUUCUGGAUUGCUGUCCCGUCCAUCUGGUUCUCAAUCUCCCUUACUCGUAAAUGUGACUCACAAUGCCUCACCCGCCCUAGAAACUUCACCUAAAAUUACUGAGCUACACGAACUCCCUAGGCCUCCUGAUACGUUCGGUUCCAAACCAAUUCAAUCAAUAGGGGCUCUUGGACACUCCGCUCCCCUAGUCAAUAGAAAACAAGAAGUAUCCCCAACGAAUAGGAAUCCCUUUAGACGACCGAGGGAAGGAUCUCCACUUCCUCUCCCACAGUUGACAGUGUCUCGAAGUUUCUCCAUACCUUCUAGUGGUCAGAGAGUUGCUUCUCCUCCGCUCACACCGAUCUCCCUAUUACAUUUGAAGUCACCAAACUCUGGACAGAUAAGAGUGAAUGCAGGUGGAAACUGACUGCUUUCGCCUUGAUGUAAAGUCUGCAUUCUUCAGCUGUGGAAACCUGCAUCUAAUAUCAUUCUGCCAGUGUCUUGCUGGGUAAAUCUUUGUAAAUAUGUCUGUUUAUUUGCAUUUAUUUGUAUUUACUUAGUUAAGCUCAGUCAAUUCUUCUUACUAUAUUUUGGGAGAUGCAUCACAAUUUUGCCCUUCUGUUUGAGUUUGGUUAGUAUACUUCUUUACAAUGAUUUUUUGUAUGGUGGAUUGUAUCAUUUGUAUAGGAGUAUGUAUUAUUUAGGGUUCAAUAAUACAUAGUACUUUGUUAUA